GUGGCGUCAGUUUACCGUCAUACGACCCUCCAGAUUCCAAGUGAAGUUCACACAAGCACCGGCCCGUCAGGAGCGCGUGGGAGUGCGCUUGUGGGAAAGUGGGCGCGAGCGUACCGGAGGCGUUCGCUCGCGCCGCGGCUCGGGAACAAGGAACUUCGACGCUCAACUGCCCAGCAAGAUCAAUGAACGUGAAAUUCAUCAUGUUUCUUUCGCCCUAGCUCACGAAACACCUGGAAUAUUUCUUGAGCUGAUUUCAAAUCAACCCACCCACACCUCACCAUGCUCCUCUACUCCUGCUGUUGACCUUUGACCUCUGACAGCGAUGGCAGACCGCUCGGUGGCUCCGGGUCAGAUGUACAUAGAGGUGGAGUUCGACUAUGAGUACAAAUCCAAAGACCGUGUGAUCAUCAUUAAACAGGGAGAAAGUUACCUGCUUGUGAAGAAGACCAAUGAAGACUGGUGGCAGGUGCGCAAGGACGAGGCCAGUAAGGCCUUCUAUGUCCCAGCGCAGUAUGUGCGGGAGGUGCGACGGGCUCUCAUGCCCCCUCCUAAACCUCUCAGUGCAGCAGGCCGAGGGGGGACUGGACCCAUUCGACCAUCUGGCCUGGAGAUCCAGCGGCCAGAUGAGAACAAAAAGAGCCCGUGUCCCUCUCCCUCCGGCAAUGCUUUACUGCCGCCCAAUGAUGACAGAGGUAGCCCGGGCAGCCCGACGGCACAAGUCCCCCCAACACAAAUGAACACGUUACCUGGCUCACUUCCUCGUUCCAGAGCCAAGUCCCCAAGUCGCAAUGUAGAUGGAGAGAAGGAUAAAGAUAAAGAGUUGGAGAAGAGCAGUCGUGGACCAGAAAAAGGUGCAAUUCAUGAAGAGUUUGCCGGAGAGGGAGGUGGCUUGGAUAAGAACCGAAAUGAUUCAGAAUCCGGGGAUGAUCUCAGCAGUGGUUCAACUGAUAACCUACAGACUUUAGGUUCAGGGCAGGGCAGGCCUGACUCUCCUGUCUACAUAAACCUGCAGGAGUUGAAGAUCUUUCAGUCCUCCAUCCCUCCACUGCCGUCCUCCUCUCCGUUCCACACCAAUGGCGACUGGGAGACUCACAAAGACCAGAAUGGCAGACACUUCUACUACAACAGCAGCACGCAGGAGAGGACCUGGAAACCCCCAAGGGCACGGGACAGCCUCACCAGGAAAGAGGAAAAACAAGACAUGACUGACACUGAGUCGUCAGAGAAAUGUGGCAAUUUAAACAUGACUAAAAUCACUGAACAUGGAAAAAAGGUCCGGAAGAACUGGACCUCCUAUUGGACAGUUUUGCAGGGUUCUUCACUACUAUUUAAUAAGGGUCAAGGGGGCGGGACUGGUUGGUUUGGAAGAGACCAGAAGCUGGAGUUCAGUGUGGAACUCAAAGGAGGUUCAGUGGACUGGGCAUCUAAAGACAAAUCGAGCAAGAAACAUGUUCUAGAGCUGAAGACCCGGCAGGGCAUGGAGCUCCUCUUGCAGUCAGAUAACGACAGCCUCAUCAGUGAGUGGCACAAGGCUUUGACUGAAGCCAUACACACAUAUGCAUGGGAGUCUGAUGAGGCCAUUGAAGAAGACAUGCCAGAAUCUCCUGACACUGAGAAACAUGACAAAGAAAAAGAGCAAAGAAACUCCAAGAAGGGCAGAGAUAUUAAGAAAUCCGUAAGCAUGGAUAAUGCAGAGCAGAAGAAGAAGACCAAGCUGAUGAAGCUCCUCACAGGCAGACCAACUUUACAGGCCGUCAAAGACAAGGGCUACAUUAAAGAUCAGGUGUUUGGCUCCAGUUUGAGCAGUCUUUGUCAAAGAGAGAAUUCCACCGUCCCUCACUUUGUCUCGAUGUGCAUUGAGCAGGUGGAGAAGAACGGGUUAGGAGUGGAUGGUUUGUACAGAGUCAGUGGAAAUUUGGCCAUUAUACAAAAACUGAGAUUUGCUGUUAAUCACGAUGAUAAAGUGGAUUUAGAGGACAGUAAAUGGGAAGACAUUCACGUGACCACUGGAGCUCUGAAGAUGUUUUUCCGUGAGCUACCAGAACCGCUGUUCCCCUACGCUUUCUUCAACAACUUCAUCACUGCUAUCAAAAUGCCUGAUUAUAAGCAGAAAGUUCAGGCGGUUAAGGAUUUGAUGAAGCAACUGCCACGGCCUAACCACGACACCAUACAGGCGCUCUUCAAACACCUGAAGAAAGUGAUCCAGCAUGUCGACGAGAAUAGGAUGACCACGCAGAGUGUAGCCAUCGUGUUCGGCCCGACACUUCUACGCCCAGAGGUAGAGACGGCAAAUAUGGCCGUGCACAUGGUCUACCAGAAUCAGAUCGUUGAGCUCAUUCUUAUGGAAUAUGAGAAGAUAUUUGGCAGGUAGGUCACAUGCACAGGAACACUUUGACCAAACCCAGUGGGACAGUUACUGCUGAAGACUGAACAGCCCAUUGACUGCCAGUCUGAACACUGUUUUGAUAUGUUUACAUGAGAGGAACACCUGCAUUAAAAACAAAAAACACCACUCUGUCUUCAAGAUAAACAGUCAAAUCCUUUCUCAUAUCUUUAUUGGACUAAAUAAUUGUUAUUUUUUUUGACUGGAUGUCAUAUUAUUUUUAUAUAUACCUAAAUCCAUUGGACUGUCAUUUUUGGACCAUUUUUGGAUUCAUUUGGAGCAACGAGGGCUUGAAAUAUGAACGUUUUCUGUCCGACUGAAAACCGUGGGAGAAAUCUGAUGCUUCAUUUUAGAUUUCCGUUCACUACAAGUACUACGUUUUGCAUCACGUCUUUCUGUGGUAAUACUGUAAUAUGGUUUGGAACAACACAUCAACUGAUGGACUGAUAUGAUAGACUUGGAUUUUAUUCUAUACUAAAAACUCAUUUUCACGGGAAUGGAUUGCAUUCUGUUCUGGGCUCCCGGAAGUUACCCCUGAGAUGACCACUGCUGGGAAACACUGGAGUUAUUGUCUAGACUCUCAAGAUUCGGACACACAAUCUUUUGUUUGAGUCUCGGCCACGAUUUCUUGAUUAUUGAUCCAACAUCAAAGGAUGUACAAACUCUUGAGCUAUGAAAAUAUAUGUCAAUUAUAUUUCAGGCUGUAUGAGUGCAUCUGUCCCCUUCGGUCCUUAGAGAGACACUGAAAGGAAA